CUUUGUUCUUUUUUGACGUGCUGUCAAACGAUCAAAACAGCACGUGUUUAUAAUGCGUAUAGAAACUUGUUAUUUCUGCUCCUCCAGGAUAUAUCCUGGCCAUGGCAUACAAUUCGUGAGAAACGACUGCAAGAUUUUCAGAUUCUGUCGUUCAAAAUGCCAUGCAGCAUUCAAAAAGAAGAAAAACCCACGUAAAACUAAAUGGACGAAAGCUUACCGUAAGACUGCUGGGAAAGAAUUAGCUAUUGAUCCAUCGUUCGAGUUCGAAAAACGCCGUCAUGUUCCCGUCAAAUAUAACAGAGAACUCUGGACAAAGACCAUUGAGGCCAUGAAGAAAGUCGAGGAGAUCCGACAGAGACGUUCUAACAACCAUAUUAUGCAGAGAUUAAGGAAAGGACGUGAAGUUGAGUGGCAGAGAGAUGUCAGAGAAGUUCAACGAGAUAUAUCCCUUAUCAGAUCACCUGCUGCUGGUCUCAAGCAAAAACAAGCAGAAGAUACUGAGAUGGAAGUCGAACCAGAAACAAUCCAGGUCAUUGAUGCUAAAGGUCGCAAGCAAGUUAUUGAAGCUCCUGUCAUGGUUCCGGCUACCGGUGAAAUGAUUGAAGAUGGAGGAGAUGUUGUAUUAUAACAAAACCAUAUAAUGUCAUUUUGUUAUAAAUGUUGACUGAAUUUUACAUAAAUACAAACGAAAUAAACAAGUUUAGUAUACACAAUUGUAGGGGUUAUGAUUUUGUUAACAAUUAUUCGAAAAUAAAAGAAAUAAAACCAUUCUAUUAAAGUUUUUAUACACUUGUAAUUUAAUACCAUACAAUACUUCAUUCUGUAAUUAAAGAAAUGUGUUUAUAACCAUA